CCUUCACCGUUGACUGGUAGGGAGAUCAUGACCACCAGCUCAACGACCUAAUCUGUGCUGCUUUCCACCCAGCUUUUCCCCUUAUCGGACAUAUAUCCAACUUCCUGUCACAUAUUUUGAGCCCAGGAGCUGCACUCUUUGUCCCUCGUCCUGCCCGCUGCGGGCGACCGUGUCCAUUGUAAAUUUACUGCACCAUGUCGACAGACUACAACUAUGACGACAAGGGACAAUUCUUCCCCUUUUUCGUCCUCACCCUGACGAGUCUCGUCACUUUCCCUCUGACGUACAAUCUCCUCCGGCCGAGCAAGGGACUGGAGAACACCGCACCGCGGAUAAAAUCAGACUUCAAGCCCGAACAUGGCGACCUCAUUGACGCGCAGAAGCGCAGGCGUCUGCGCAAGGAACGUCGGAUCAAGCGCAUUGUCACAGUCGUGGUGGGCUACGCUGUCAUGGCUUGGAUGGCAUAUUUGAUCGUCGUCACAGCACGGACAGUACCUAAGAUAUGGGAUCCGUAUGACAUUCUUGGUAUCUCACGGAGCGCCGACGAGAAAGCGAUCUCCAGGCACUACAAGCGCCUUUCACUCGUCUACCACCCCGACAAGAUCCGCCCCGAUCCCGCCAAGAAUGAGACCAUCGAGAUGCUCAACGAGCGCUUCGUCGAGCUCACCAAGGCCUACAAGGCAUUGACCGACGAGGAAGUUCGCAACAACUACAUUCAGUAUGGCCACCCAGACGGCAAGCAGAGCAUGAGCAUCGGUAUUGCUCUUCCCACGUUCAUUGUCUCGGAAGGCUACUCCAAGUACACCCUGCUGGUCUAUGGUGCUCUGCUUGGCGUUCUUCUCCCAUACAUUGUCGGCCGCUGGUGGUACGGCUCGCAGCGUUACACCAAGGAGCGCGUUCUCGUCGCAAGUGCUGGAAACAUCUUCCGGGAAUACAGAGACGACAUCACCGAUGGCGGAAUAAUCAAUGCGCUGUCCUCCGGCGAUGAGUUUAAGGAGAUGUUGCAAGGACCCCGGUCCGAUGCUGGAUUGGUGAAGCUUGAGAAGAAGGUCCUGGCGGAGGAUUCCUCGUAUCUGACUCCCGAGGACCGCGCGGUCAUCAAGGGACUCGAUGAUUCGAGCAGACGGAAGGCGCUGGCGUUACUCUGGGCCUAUCUCGGUCGCGUUGAUCUGGGAGACGCCACGCUCAACGGAGAAAAAUAUGAAGCCGCCCCUAUCGCCCUUUCACUGAACGAAGCUUUCACGGCCAUCGCCCUUGCCUUUGGUAAUCUCCGACCAAUCCUCGGAUCCUUCCGCACCGCACAGCACAUCAUCCAAGCCGUCGCACCUGGCUCCUCUCCACUCCUCCAGUUGCCGCACUUCACGGCGAAACUCGUGCAGACUAUCGAAGGUGCCGACAACAAGGAACACUUCACCGUGCAAAAGUUCAUGUCCAUCCCGGAAGCCGAGCGCUACAGCCUCACCGUAGGCGCCGGCCUCCUGACUGAGAAGCAAUACACGACCGCCAUCAACGUUGCCAAACAACUCCCCGUUCUCGAGGUUUCCCGGGCCUUUUUCAAGGUGAUGGGCGAGAAGGUCAUCACGCCGAGCAGUCUGGUGCAACUCGUCGUCAAAGCGCGCUUCAUCCCCCCCGGUUCCGCCAACGCCCCCGCCCCUUCUUCCGCCGACCUCGAAGACAUCGAUCCUGACGAGGAUGACCUCGACGCUAUCAUGGGCCGCAACGGCAAGAAGACAAAGGUGGUGAACGGCCAGAGGGUGGAAGAAGCUAAGUCCGAACCCGUUCAACCUCCGCUCGCGCACGCCCCCUACCUCGCCCGCGACCACUCCCCGCGCUGGCAUAUCUUCCUGGCCGACGCCAAACAGGGCAAGAUGGCUGUGCCCCCCUUCACCUUCACCACAUUUGACAAGCCCCUCUUCGACCCCGUCACCGGCAAGCCCACGUUCAACGUGCAGACCCUCAAGAUGCAGUUCCAGGCUCCACCCCAGGUCGGUGACUUCACUUUUGUGAUGCACAUGCUCUGCGACAGUUAUUUGGGCCUCGACACGAAGAUGGAAAUCACCCUGCACAUCGACGAUCCCGCCAAGGCCGCGGCGUUGGACGAGGAAGAUGAUAUCAGUGAGCCUGAUGAGGAUUCGAUAGCCGGCCAAAUGCAAGCCCUAAAGACCGGCCAAGCCCCCAAGAAGAAGGCCAAGAAGCCUUCGGCGGAGUCUAGCGAGGACGAGGAGAGUGAUACCGAUGGUGAUGCAGGCGAUACUAGUGACACGAACACGGAGACGGAUAUCGAUGAUGAUGAUUGAAGGGCAUAUUUGCAUUAAAGGGAACGUCAUAAUCGCAGGGAGGCUAUGUUUUCCCACCCGUCCGUCCUAAGGGAAACAAAGUUAAACAUAUAAACCCAACCUAUACGUGGAAAGGAAGAAAAGAAAAAAAGAAAGUCUUAUGAUACCUUUAGCUCUCCUUUUCUUUUCCUUUAUUAUCUUCCCCUUUGCUCACCAUCCCUUGUCCUGGUUUGAUCUUGCUUCGGGAACGGAUCUUCUUACCUCUUUUCCAAUUUUUUUUUUUCUUUUUUUUUUUAAACCAUUUUCA